AUGGAGUUCGCGACCCCCCGGCUCAGCAGCCUGCAGCUCGAGCCGCGCCACUCUCUCCGCCACGUCAACCUCACGCCCGAGGUACUCGAAGGCCUUUUCGCGCGGUUCGACGGCCAUUGGUCCGACCCCGAGCGGGACGAGGCGCACGAGCGCGGCCUGCGCACCAGUCUCUUUGAGACUGACGUGAUGGACCAGCUCCUGCGCAGAAUGGAAGACGACCGCGUCGUGCGCCUCAUCGGACACAUCACGGAGACACACGAGGAGCGGCUGGUCGUGUGCGCUCGCGGCCUUGCCACGGCUCUUGGCCGGCUCGCCAGCCGCCCACAGGCGUUCGCCACUACGCCAUCCUGGCUGUGGGUGUUGCACAACCACGUAUACUACCUGACGGAUGCGGAGAUUAGCCCUAAGCUCAUCGACGGCGCGUGCGACGCGCUGGCCUCGCCGGCGUGCCACUCGUGGCUCAAGCAGAUGGCGCUCGGGGCCCUCAUGCGCGUCGCCCUCCGGGGCACCGCCACGCUGCGCCCGCUGCUCGCCCCUCGGGCCGACGAGAUCGUCGCGUGGUGCUCGACGAUCCUGAGGGAGACCCGAGCUCAUUAUUUGAAGAUCCAAUUUCGCGCGUGCUACACCGUCUGCUCGUUUGCGUACUGCCUCGACCGACCGGAGCUCGCGCGGGCAGCCGCCGAGUGGUUGCGCCGACUGUACCCGACUGCUGACGGCGAGGCGAGCCGUUGGGUGCAUUCGCUCUCGUCCGUGCUCGAGCGCAAUUCGCGCCGCCACCUCCAGCGCACGGGCUACCUCCGGCCGGGCGAGACGUGGCACAUGUACCUCGGAAUGCUGAGCCACCCGUCGGCCCACCUGCGCUUUGUGGGCGCGGUGAUGCUAACCACGGUGCUGGAGGCGGUUGGCCACGGCGCCUUCGACGUGGCUCCGUUCGAGACGCCAUCCUCGCGCCUCUACCUCGAGGAGGCACUCGACGCGCGCGUGCGCACCGACGCCACGCUCACGAGGCAGGAAGCUGAGACGCUGCGCCGUGCCGCGGGCGGCGCUGCACCUCAUGCGCUCGUGGCGGAGGCUGCGCUGCGGCUUGCGAACGAUCCCGUCGCGGAGGUGCGUGAUCUGGGGGAGGUCGCGCGCAGCCUGCUGCCACGGCGCGUCCUGCAAGAGAUCGUGUGGUGCCCAAGCACGCACCACCUCUUCCACCCCGGCGCGCGAGCGCUCGUGCGGUGCAUGCUCCUGCUUUCGCAGCGCGGCGACGUGCCGCUGCCGGCCGACUUGCUCGUGUUACACGUACUACCGCGCGACAGCGACUCAAAUCCCGACAUGGUCGCUUUCGGUCUCUGCUUGGCGGGGCUCGUGCUUGCCGAGGGCCGGGACCUCGUGGGCGACGCCACGGGAUCGGACAUUGUCCAGCGCCGCAUGCUCGAAUCGCCGUCGUCGUACUGCGUGCCGGGGAGGUCUUGCUGGCCGUCCAACGCAGACUGGCAACGGUUGGCCGAGUCCCUCAGCCAAGGGCCCUCGGCGCUCACUGCGCUCGCGGAGGAGUCCUACGACGUCUGCUACGAGCAGUACACGAACGCAAUCGGCCUGAUGCAGGAGGGUCACGGCGCGUGUAUGCAGGACAACCACUGCAAGUUCGAGGCGUGCGCCGGCGACGGCCUCGUCAAUCUUCCCGCCUACUCGGUGGCGGCCGCCACGGUGGCCGACGUGCAGGCCGCGCUGGAGUUUGCCAGCACGCAUGACCUGAGCGUCUCAGUCAAGACGUCCGGGCACUCGUACGCGGGGAGCAGUGCGAUGAAGGGCUCGCUGCUGAUCUGGAUGGCCGAGUUCGAAAAGUUCGGCACGAUCGCCACUCACACGGACAGCUGCGGCACCGCGACCGAGCAGGUGCUCAAGGUGGGCGGCGGGCAGGUGUGGGGCGAGGCGUACCCGGUGGUCGGCGAUGCCGGGCGUGACAUCGUCGGCGGCGGCGGUCUCACGGUCGCCGCGGCCGGCGGCUGGCUAAUGGGCGGCGGGCUGAGCGCCCUCUCGCGCACUUUUGGCUACGGGAUCGACAACGUCGUGGCCUUCGAGGUGGUGGCUGCCGACGGCGUGCUGCGCACGGCUGACGCAUGCUCGGAGCCCGACCUCUUCUGGGCGCUGCGCGGCGGCGGCGGCGGCGCCUUCGGCGUCGUGACUGCCGCCUACCACCGCACACACGCGUCAUCGGCCGUGGCGGCGCUCUCAAUGAGCAUCGACGACAUCACCUGGGCCACCUGGGAGAGCCGCACGCCCGUCAUCGAGAGCUGGCUCGACUUCUGGGUCGAGACGUCGCCCACGCUCGGCCGCGAGUGGUCGGGAGGCUACUGGACUCUCUCGUCCAUCGUCGUGCUGUACUUUCGUGGCACGGCGAGCGAGGCCGAGGCCACGUUCGUCGGCGCGCUGCGCGAGUGGCGGGCGGGGCUCACGGCGGAGCAGCAGCAGUACGUGACGAUCAGCCUGACCGAGUUCGACAGCUACUGGGCGUCGCGCACAGUGGGGUGCCGCGACAGCUCCAGCGUCGCCUGCCGCACCUUUGGCGCCGAGACCGACGCGACGGGGCAGGCGGGCGUCAACAUCCACUCGAGGAUGAUCCCUGCGGCUUGGGUGACGCAGAACAACGGCGCCGAGGCCAAGGCGACGCUCAAGUGGAUGAUGUACAACGGCUGGUUCACCUUCAACUACUUCCUGGGCGGCGCGGUCACUGACGUGGCCGCCGACGAGACGGCCGUGCACCCGUCGGUACGCGUCUCGAUUUGGAACAUGGAGGUCUUCGACCCGAGGCUCAUCGAGCGACUGCGCGACGACCUGCCCGACUCAGGCGUGUGCUACAACCACGCGGCCAAGGACGAGCCCGACUGGGACGCGCAGGCGUGGGGCGCCAACCUGCCUCGCCUGCUUCAGGUCAAAGCCGCUUACGACCCGGCCAAUCGGCUCAACUGCUUCCACUGCGUGGGCUACCAGUCCCUGGGUGGCGACGACCUUACACCGGCGACCUGCGAAGGCAUGUACAAUUGCGCUGCAGCCCCCGGCGACGAGCCGGCGCCACAACCACCCGGCACUCCGCCCUUGCCGCCGGCAUCGCCACCAGCAACGCCGUCUGCCGCUGACGACUACGUCGACCUUUCGCUGCCGCUCGUGAACGCGGCGGGCUACAACACCCACCCGGACGCCGUCGCUUUGAGCGCGGCCACCGACGCGAUCGGCCCUUCGGGCAUCGGCUUUAAAGGUUACGUCGUCCUCAAGGGCACUGAAGUCGUCGCCGAGCGGUACGACGUCGGUGACGCAACGUCGACGUACCAAAUCUUCUCGUGCACGAAAUCUUGGGCGGCAACGAUGAUCGGCGAGCUCUUGUACGCUGGGCAGCUCACGCUCUCCACAAAGCUCGAGGACAUCUUCACGACGCUCAACUGGGACACGGUGAACAGAGGCGCAGAGAAGCGGCUGAUAACGGUCGAGCAGCUCCUUACGAUGUCGAGCGGCCUGACGGAGUGGGGCUGCGGCUGGGGCGGUGCAACCGCGACGCUGGUGGCGACGCUCAACCAGGGCUAUGUCAGCUUCACCAACGCGGAGGUAGGCUCCUUCAACUACAUCUGCACGCAGAAGAUCCUUGCGUGGAUCAUCUACGAGAAGAGCGGCCUCACGCCGAUGGAAUUCGGACUGAGCUCGCUGUUUCCCGCGCUCGGCGUGUCCGCCGGUGAGUUCACGUGGCCCAUCGACGCCGGGACACUUCAGAACACGGAGACAGACCUCCAUAUGGCGCCGCGCCACCUGGCCAAGUUGGUGCUGCUCUUCCGGCAGCAGGGGCUCGCUGCGCCCGGCGGCCCCCGCCUCCUCUCCACGACGUUCGUACAGACGGCGAUGAGCAACCACUGGUCCCCCUGGUACUACAGCGGGAGGCAGUGUGGUGCGUCGCCGCUGCUCAUGGGCUACGGCUACAGGUUCUGGCUCUACAACCCGGAUUGGGUGUGCGCUCUCGGCGCCUCCGGCCGCUACGCGUGCUACUCGCCGACUCUCGACAUCUCGUUCGGGGUCAUCGCCACGAACGGCUACGCCGUUGGCUGCACGCUGAUGCAGCAGCUUGCCAACCUCGCGUUCGCAGGGCUGCUCGCUCCGCCGCCGCCGCCGCUUCCGCCGUUCUUUCCAGGCGCGGCGCCCGCUCCGCCCCCUCCAGCGACGCCUUCAACAUGUGGCUGCAUCGCCGAGCGCUGCCGGGCUGCAUGCGACGAGCAGUACGGCCGGGAGGCGGUCCAAGCGUACAUUGACGGCGGUUGCGACGACAGCGGCGGCGACGACGGCGAGACCGACGAAGACCCAGGUGGAUCAAAAUGCGGCGGCGAGUGCCAUCACGAGGUCUACGGCGAGACCUGCGGUUUUGGAACGUGGGGCGGCGGCGAAUCUUUCAUGCAGGUCUGCGAGGAUGGCGUGAACGUCGCCAAGCACUACGAAGAUGUCGACUGCCAAGGUUCACUCGUGAAGGAGUGGGUGGAAGAUUCGUCCUGCCAACACGAGUACCACGAGAAAGCCUCGGACGGCUCCACUCUGUACGAGAGCAAGUGGUGCGAUGGGAGCACGCCGAUCAAAUCUCUGUGCACCGAGCCCGGCGACGAGCGCGACGAGUGGAUGUGCGACUACGAGUCGGACUCGGCAGGGCCGGCCUCGCUUGCGGCGCAGCAGCACUUUGCGUCCAUGACGCAAGAUUGCCGAGACUACAUGAACGGGCUUGGCGACUCGCUGGGCGAUCUCUCAACCAUCUGCGCCUGCUAUAGAAGCGGCGACGAGGCGGCGGCGCGCGCCGCGACGUGCGCUCCGACGGCCGGCGCGAGCACGGUGUCCCACCUGUACGAGCGGUGCGUCAACCCCCCUCCCGGCUGCUACGAGGCGCCGUGCUCUAGCACGUGCCCGGCGGCCGUCGCCACCUCUGCAUGGUGGGACAGCCUCAGCCCGACGUGCCAGACCAUGAUAAGGGAGGGCACGGCCGAUUUUCAGAGCUUCUGCCGGUGCUACACCUCGGGCGUCUACCCCGUCGGCGCCACUUGCUCUGGCGCGGGAUCGAUCCCGGGCUACAGCACUACCGAGGAGCAGUUCGAGGCGUGCCGUGCAGUGCCAGGCGUCCCCACGCCGCCGCUGCCGCCGUUCCUGCCAGGUGAGGCGCCCGCUCCACCCCCUGAGUGUGUUGCUCGCGGCUACGAGUCGGUCGGGUGCAACUGCGACCCGGCUUCUGAAUGCUCGCCGUGGGGCUCGAGCUCGGGCGGCGACUGCUGCGGGGACGACGGCGGCUACUGCGGCAGCGAGUGGGUCUCGACGGACGCAUCGACGUGGAUUGAUACUUGCACUGGGCUCGACUUCAUCCGUGUCUCUCCAGGCUGCGGUGUGGAGGUGGCGACCGAGACCGGCGGCGGAGGAGAGACAUUCACGUACGACUCCAGCGUGCUCGUGUGCGGGUACGAGUGCGAGCCUCGGCCAACGCCGGGCUGCGACAGAGUGCGCUCGCUGCGACUGUUUCCGCUCGCGCCGCCCACACCGCCGCAUCCGCCGUUCCAGCCGGGCCAGGCACCUGCUCCGCCCCCUCCGUCUCCCUGCGUCCACGAUGACAGCAAGUGCGUCGAGCCGACGUGCUGGGCGGACCCGAACAUGGAGGCGCAGACCUGCAGCGACGGCUACACCGCCAGCCCUCACCCGGACGAGCCUCGGAACGAAGGUCGCUACACGUGCUACCCGCCUCACUGCCGCUGCGACGCGUCCAAGUGCUCGAGCGACGGCGACGACUGCUACGCGAGUCCACCCGGUGAGGCGCAGACGUGCCGCGACGGCUACUUGCCGAUCGCGACCAAUGCCGGGCACCAGUACACCUGCUGCUUCGACUUUGAUCAGCCGCCGUCGCUGCCGCCGCUGCCGCCGUUCCCGCCUGGCCAGGCCCCCGCUCCGCCACCAUCGCCCCCGCCCUGCGUCCACGACGACAGCAAGUGCUUGAGCGGCGGCAACGACUGCUGGGCGGACCCGAACAUGGAGGCGCAGACCUGCAGCGACGGCUACACCGCCAGCCCUCACCCGGACGAGCCUCGGAACGAAGGUCGCUACACGUGCUACCCGCCUCACUGCCUCUGCGACGCGUCCAAGUGCUCGAGCCGCGACGGCGACGACUGCUACGCGAGUCCACCCGGCCAGGCGCCCGCUCCGCCCCCCCCUCCUGAGUGUGCUGCUCGCGGCUACGAGUAUGUCGGGUGCAACUGCGACCCGGCUUCUGAAUGCUCGCCGUGGGGCUCGAGCUCGGGCGGCGACUGCUGCGGGGACGAUGGCGGCUACUGCGGCAGCGAGUGGGUCUCGACGGACGCAUCGACGUGGAUUGAUACUUGCACUGGGCUCGACUUCAUCCGUGUCUCUCCAGGCUGCGGUGUGGAGGUGGCGACCGAGACCGGCGGCGGAGGAGAGACAUUCACGUACGACUCCAGCGUGCUCGUGUGCGGGUACGAGUGCGAGCCUCGGCCAACGCCGGGCUGCGACAGAGUGCGCUCGCUGCGCCUGUUUCCGCUCGCGCCGCCCACACCGCCGCAUCCGCCGUUCCAGCCGGGCCAGGCACCUGCUCCGCCCCCGCCGUCUCCCUGCGUCCACGAUGACAGCAAGUGCUCGAGCAGCGGCAACGACUGCUACGCCGAUGGCCAGUCUGAGGCGCAGACGUGCAGCGACGGCUACACCGCCAGCCCUCACCCGGACGAGCCUCGGAACGAAGGUCGCUACACGUGCUACCCGCCUCACUGCCGCUGCGACGCGUCCAAAUGCUCGAGCGACGGCGACGACUGCUACGCGAGCCCACCCGGUGAGGCGCAGACGUGCCGCGACGGCUACUUGCCGAUCGCGAUCCGCGACUCGCAGUACACCUGCUGCUUCGACUUCGACCAGCCGCCGUCGCUGCCGCCGCUACCGCCGUUCCCGCCGUUCCAGCCAGGCCAGGCGCCCGCUCCGCCCCCCCCUCCUGAGUGUGCUGCUCGCGGCUACGAGUAUGUCGGGUGCAACUGCGACCCGGCUUCUGAAUGCUCGCCGUGGGGCUCGAGCUCGGGCGGCGACUGCUGCGGGGACGAUGGCGGCUACUGCGGCAGCGAGUGGGUCUCGACGGACGCAUCGACGUGGAUUGAUACUUGCACUGGGCUCGACUUCAUCCGUGUCUCUCCAGGCUGCGGUGUGGAGGUGGCGACCGAGACCGGCGGCGGAGGAGAGACAUUCACGUACGACUCCAGCGUGCUCGUGUGCGGGUACGAGUGCGAGCCUCGGCCAACGCCGGGCUGCGACAGAGUGCGCUCGCUGCGCCUGUUUCCGCUCGCGCCGCCCACACCGCCGCAUCCGCCGUUCCAGCCGGGCCAGGCACCUGCUCCGCCCCCGCCGUCUCCCUGCGUCCACGAUGACAGCAAGUGCUCGAGCAGCGGCAACGACUGCUACGCCGAUGGCCAGUCUGAGGCGCAGACGUGCAGCGACGGCUACACCGCCAGCCCUCACCCGGACGACCCUCGGAACGAAGGUCGCUACACGUGCUACCCGCCUCACUGCCGCUGCGACGCGUCCAAGUGCUCGAGCGCCGGCGGCGACGACUGCUACGCGGACGGCACGCCAGACGGUGAGGCGCAGACGUGCCGCGACGGCUACUUGGUCGUCCCUGUCAAUGACGGGCAGUACACGUGCUGCUUCUUCGACCAGCCGCCGUCGUGCGAUACGCUCGAUUUUCAGAUCUUCACGAACACCGACUGCAGCGGCUCGCCUGCCGUGACGUCGGCGAUGUUGUCCGACCGGACGUGCGUGGCGACUCCGGACUCGGUGCUGACGGGUCAGUAUUUUGACGUCGACUUUACGCACUGGGGUAUGCACGCCAUCAGUGAGACGCUCGUCCACGCGUGCUCCGACAGCUCGAUGGACAGUUGCGUGGAUCAGUUCGAUGGUGGCGAGCGCUGUUCCGACGUGCCAUUUGAGACGUGCGUCGCGAUAGACGAGGCCCGAUCCACCGGCAUCAAGAUUACGUGUGCACCGGCCGUCGACUGCGCCGUGCCGAGUGAGGGCGUGUGCCUCGAGUACGGCGGUGUCGACAGCGACUGCUGUGGCAACUCUGACGUGGUCGGCUGCGCGAGCGGCUACAUCCUCUCCCUGCAGAUCGCGAUCGACGAGGGCGGCACGUGGGCGCGGCCCGCCGAUGCGGGCUUCUAUCCGCAGUGCGCGAGUGGAGGCCAGAAGAUUGGCAACACGUGCUGCACACCAGAUCCGUCGCCGCCGCCGCCGUCGCCCGCCGAGUGCUGCGCGGACGUGUGCCCGACGCGCUCGUACUGCGAGGCGGAGGGGAUCGGCGGCGACUACUGCAACUGCGGCGACUGCGGUGUGCCCUCGUGCGGCGACUGCGAUUGUAACCAUUACGGCGAGCAGUGCUGCGACUUUAGCGGCGGCUGCGAUCCGACGUGCGGCGGCGAGCCGUCAAUGUGCCGCGACAAUUCGAACGACUGCUGCGCGAACGAGGCGAUGGGCGAGGCUGCCGUGUGCGAGGCGGGCUAUGUGCCGACUGUCCAGCCGCAGAGCUACGACGACUGUCCCAACUACACGUGCAUGCCGGCGCCGCCGCCGUCGCCGACUUGUGUCGACGACCCCAAGGGCAUCCUCGCUGCCGACGCGUACCUAAGCCCUGGCGGCACCACCUGCGCGGAGAAGAUGGCGCAGGUUGGAGCGACGUGCGAGACCAUCGACGAGGACUACAACGGCUACCGCGUCUCCUACGCGCAGCUCUGCCCAGCGACGUGCGGCACGUGCGCCUCGUACACCGAGCCAGAGUGCCACCGCCCAGAGGUGUGCUGCUGCGAUCCGCCGCCGCCCUCGCCGCCGCUGCCUUUUGGCCUGUCGGCGGUCUCGCCGGACGCGCUCACCUUUUCCGAGGCGGUGGCCUGGUGCGCCGCGCAAGGGCUCACUCUCGCCAUGCCGCGCACCGAGUCGGAGAAUGAGGCCGUGUACGCUGCGUGCCAGUCGUACUACGCUUGCUGGCUCGACGCGCGCGAGAAUGCGGCCGGGGAUGGAUGGGUGGACGGCGACGGCAACGCGCUGACGUACACGAACUGGGAUGGCGGCGAGGGGUCGUGCCACUGCGGCGAGAAUCGCAUCUUCAUCAACAGGGUUGGGACGGCCGAAUGGCACGAUGUGGGCGAGGGCGGCGACGGGCAGACACGCGCCAUUUGCCAGCAGCCGUCGGGUUCGAUUUCGCCGUCGCCGCCGUCGUCGACUGUGUGCGACACGUCGCAGUGUGCAGAAUACAGUCCGACGUCGCAGGACGACGACUGCUGCGCGCUCGAUUCGGACAUCUACUGCAUGAACGGCUACACGCUCUCGCGCGUGAUGCCGGGCACGCCUGGUGUGACGUGGCUCAAUGGUCAGAUGUCGGGCUGCGAAGGCUACGGCGGCAACACGUGCUGCUCGCCGCCAGAGAGUCUGGCACCGCCGGCAUCGCCGAGCUCCUGCGCGAGAGGGUACACCGCGGUGUCCGGCGAAGGCUGCUCGAACUACAUCCACAUGGAUGACGCCAGCACCUACGGCGUUCAGGGAGGAUCCACGACCCUCGAGGAGUGCGCCGCGGCCGUGCAGGCUCUCAACGGGCAGGAUGGCUGCGUGGGCGAGUACUUCUUCUUCGAGACGGACGGCUACUGCAACUGCCCGACGGACGCGUGCACGACGGGCUCGGAGAAUAGCAACGCGGGCGGCUCGGGGCAGCUCUACCGCUUCAACAGCGAUUGCGACUCGUCGCCGUCGGCACCGCCAUCGCUCACGUGUACGUGCGACUGCUACGGUUCGAACACGGACAUGUUCAACGGCACCCACGAAGGCCAGCCCGACGAUUCGUGCCGAGAGGACUACUGCUUCGCCAACGGGAUCUCUGCUGAGGAUUGCAUCUACGGCCAGUACGACUCAUGCUGCUAUUCGGAGGGAUACGCUGGGGCACCGUGCUGCGAAGAUGCGCCGUCGCCGCCAUCGCCACUGCCCUUGACGCCACCGCCCUCGAACUACUAUGAGGGCGAUGCCGGCUCGGACUGCGACGUCGGAGACGUGAUCGUGAGCGAGUCGGAGUGCCGCAGCGCCGCGAGCUCCGUCGGUGGGUAUGACGUGGAUGCCGGCUCGACCACAAACAGCCAGCGGUACUUCAAGAGUUACUCGGGUGGAUGUCAGACCGGCUGUAGCAUGGAGCGUGACAGCGACUGCGAGUGCAAUGGCUGCGGCACCUGCUUCUACUGGAACGCGGGCUACGGCGGCGCCUGCGGCUCGCACAGGCCAUUAUGUGCGAGGCCACCGUCCCCACCAUCGCCGCCAUCACAAGUCGCUCUUGAGUUUGCCGGCAUGUCGCCCAACUUUCACUACAGCAACGCGCUGUGGACCAACAGCAAUCCUCACACGGGCGCCACCGAUAGCCAGGGCCGUACUGAGCGUAAGACGGCGGCUUUCGGACAGCCGACGAGUGUCGUGAUUCUCGAGAUGACACGAAACUCCGUCACGCACUCUGUGAGUCUGCCGAUCUCGCCGGCCCAAUCGCUGCUGUCGAUCUUCAUGGGCGGCUCUAUGUCAACAAACGGCAGCCUCUCUGACUGGCGGCAGCUAUCUGGCUAUGGCUACCAGCCGCACUGCAACCGGCAAGGCUUCAAUAUCGUAGGGCAGACGGCGUAUGGCGGCGUCAACGGGCAGAACAACGCGCGCAUCGGAAUCUAUUUUAACGAGCAAAUCGACUGCAGCUCGCCCGACUCGGGGCGCGUGGUGGGCGGCUCGUCGCUUUCGGCGGCCGUCGGCUGCACCAGCAGCUGCACGGGCAGCAGUAGUAGUAGCACUCAGAGCGAUGUGUGGGCGCCCGUCCUCAAGAUAACCAAGGUCGUGGCCGACGGGCUGCACAGCCCGCUCACCAAGCACGGAGGCUGGCCGGUCGUCGACGGCGUCGCGACUUCGUACAACAGCGCGGCCGUCGUCGCACGCAACAAGUACCUCGUCCCGCUCGUCGAGGCGGUCUGCCCCUCCCUCGGCCGCCUCGUCGUCGCGUUUGCGAACCCCAAGACGAUGCACUACAUCGAUGGCCAGGUGGUCGAGCCCCUCUCCUCGCUCGCUGCGGCCGCCCUAGCGGCCGCUGCCUUUGCCGCGCGCGAGAUGUUGGCGGGCAAGUGA